CUGUCACUUAUCUUUGUGAAAUACUGUCCCCUCUACCGUGACUGUCGUGUAUUUGGCGUCGAUAGUUGUCGGCGGCUCGAAACAAGGACUGACUGUGCUCACGCCGUCAGCAGUAAGUGGCCGUCCCAGUCGCCUGGCUGCAGCUUGGCCGGCUGGAGCACUGGAGGCUGACUUGCCUUCACUGGCAGCGUAGCGUCACCGCGAGUCGGAAGUUCACCGAGCAAGUUAGAGCCGCGUGCGUAGCGCCUGUUAUUCCGAACGUCAGGGACAUGGCAGCCAAUGGAGCGCGCUGUGAGCAGCCACAACGACGAGCCGCACCUAAAGACAAACAGAAUGGCGAGUCAACAGUCGACUCGUCCGUGAAAGAGAGGCGUCAGAAGGAAAAAGAGGAGCGCUUGUCCCUUGUGUUGUGGAGGAGGCCUGUCACCACUUUACAUUACUUCCUACUGGAGACCCUCAUCAAGCUCAAGGAGUGGACCUUUAAGCUUUGGGAAAGACGAGGCGCAGUGUUCCUAGUUGUUGUAAUAUGCUCUCUCUUCUCGAUCGCCUACUCCACAGAGGGCUCACACCAGAUGUUUGUUCAGUAUCUGGAAAAGAAGUUCCUUUGGUGCGCAUACUGGGUCGGGUUGGGGAUCCUAUCUUCAGUGGGUCUUGGCACAGGCUUGCACACCUUCCUUCUGUAUCUGGGUCCACAUAUAGCAUCAGUCACUCUGGCAGCGUAUGAGUGUGGUUCCACCGACUUCCCAGAGCCUCCGUACCCCGACCAGAUCAUGUGUCCCCAAGGCGCAGGAGUGGGGGACGGCGUCUCUCUCCUGUCAAUCAUGUCAAAGGUCCGCCUGGAGGCCUGUAUGUGGGGUGCUGGUACUGCCAUCGGAGAGCUGCCGCCAUAUUUUAUGGCCAGAGCUGCACGUCAGUCUGGUGCUGAUCCUGAUGACGAAGACUACGAGGAGUUUGAGGAGAUGCUGGAGCAGGCGCAGAGUGCGCAGGACUUUGUCACGAGAGCCAAGUUGUGGGUCCAACACAUGGUGCACAGAGUGGGAUUCUUUGGGAUCCUGGCCUGCGCUUCUAUCCCAAACCCUCUCUUUGACCUUGCCGGGAUCACCUGCGGACAUUUCUUGGUCCCGUUCUGGACUUUCUUUGGAGCGACGCUGAUUGGGAAAGCCAUCGUUAAGAUGCACAUCCAGAAACUGUUUGUCAUCAUGACCUUCAGCAAGCACAUAGUGGAGCACAUGGUGUCACUUAUUGGAUCGGUGCCCAAAGUGGGAGCCUCGCUCCAGAAGCCCUUCAGCCAGUACCUGGAGGCUCAGAGGAACAAGCUGCACCAUGCAGGCGGCGGCGCUGCCACGGACGAGAACUGGCUGUCCUGGGUGUUCGAGAAGGUGGUUCUGGUCAUGGUCUGCUACUUCGUCAUCUCCAUCGUCAACUCCAUGGCGCAGAGCUACAGCAGGCGGCUGCAGCAGCAGAAGCACUGCGAGGAGAAGAGCAAGUGAGGAGCCAGGGACGCUGUCACACACCUGUCCACCACAAACCUCAUCCCUUCACCCGGAGGCUGAGCUGCUCCCAGGCCGGUGUGAGUGUGUGGUGCGGCCCUCGCUGUCCUCCUGUCUGUAGUCGUGUGAGUGAGCGUGUGUGUGACGUGAAGACACCUCUGAAGUGAAGCAGCUGCGUGGACGGGCAGUGCCCAGCAGAAGCCAUGCCUUAGACGCACGGGUCCAGACCACCCACCUCUGGACUUCUGACUUGACUUGGUUAGGUGUGUGGACCAUGGUCUCCAUCAGCUCCUCCCCCGACAGACAGCAGGACCCACUCAGUCUUCAUUUGCUUCCUGUUCUGGAACUGGGCUGAAGCAAGGCCCAGGUGCUGGUGUCACUGGGGCUUUGCUCCGCGAGCUCGUGCGCUGGGCUCGGCUCCUUUCUGCUCUGUACAUUCAGGAUCCAGUCUGAUAUAAAAGCAUCUCAAUCAUG